AUGAAAGAGGAUAGCAUCGUGAAUGUUUUUGGGGAGUUACAAGAGGAUUUCAUUAUCAACCAGAAAUUUAUAGAGGAGAAUGUUGAAUAUAUCACCAUCCUCAAUUUUGCUCAAUAUAUUCAGGAAAUAUCAUUUGAAGAAGUGAAAAUGCUAGUUAAAAACAUGAUACAAUUCAGAGAUAAAUAUUUGACUGACAAGACACUUCCAAUGUGUUCAAAAAUUGCUGAUGAAAUUUUACUGGAAGAUACAUGUGCUAUGCAGGAGCAAGCACAAGAGUAUAAUUUUAUGCACUAUUGCAAUAGGGCUGACUUUGAACGAGGACUCUGCUUCUUUCAUAAUAAGAAAAAGGAUGCAGAACUACUUCCUCCUCUCCCUACUUUGGGUUCUGAAGAGAAAUGCCAGACUUGUAAAAAUACAGAGAAUCUUUUCUAA